GACAGUUUGACCUUCAAGUGCUCGCAACCUCCUACAGUGGACGGAUACCUCUGAAGCGUCGCCCAUCGGUUGUCAAGUUGCAGUAAUAUCGCGAUGAUGUUAUCUAUGUUAUUAUCACUUGCUUCCGUUGUUAAAUGUUACUUCAUUUACUGCUAGCACUAUACCAUCACACAAGUUACAUUCACGCUAGGUACAAACUUACCGAAGGUUAAACGUUACAACUGCCUGUAGAUUUUCUGGUGUCUGUAUCUGUUAUGUCUUCAGGCUGUUGCUCAGACGAACAGGGCGAUGGGGAUGAAGAUUCCGACUCGUCCAUUCAUAGUGCAACUCAUUAUGAUGGCGAAGCACUCAAUUCCCUCUCUAGUAAAUGUAGAAGUGAAUCAAAUCGACAUAACCCACUAAUCAAAAUAUCCAGAGAAGAAGCGAAUUUGUGCAAUGCAUUCACAAAAUGCAUACGUCACGAUUCUGGGUAUAAUGGUUUCUAUCUACAACCGAUGCACAAAUGUAGCUUCUCAACACAUAUAUCAGUUUUGCCAUUCGAACUGCUUUUGAGAAUAAUUCGAUGGACCAUUGGCAGCCAUCUAAAUAUACGUGUUCUAGGUGUUUUAUCUUGUGUAUGUCGUGGUUUCUAUCUGUUGGCUAAUGAUAAUUCAAUAUGGAGAGAUAUUUGUUUCAAAUUAUGGCCAGUAUGGCUAACAUAUGACAAUAAUAAUAUUGGUUGUAAUAAUCAACUUAAUUAUUUAUCCUCAAUGAAUUACACUUCAUGGCGUGAAAUGGCUAUUUAUCGACCACAAGUUUUAUAUCAUGGAUGUUAUCUUUGUCGUGUAACCUAUGUUAGAACAGGAGAACCGGAAAUAGGCUCUUCUUAUAAACCUGUAUUUAAAGUUGUUUAUUAUCGUGGUAUACGUUUUCAUGUUUCAUCAAAUCAGAUCAGCAUGUUCACUGCGCCAUCAGAUCCAUCUUCAAUUGUGGCAGUUUUAAGUAAAUCACAUCAGUCCUUGUCAUCAUCUGUGGAUGUCAGUUUAGUUGGAAAUAAUAACAAUAAUAAUUCCAAUUCCGAAGCAGUUAUGAAAACAGCUGUUUCUGGUACAUUAUUGAAGGGAACGUAUAAAUGGUAUGAUCAUGAUUCUAUUGUGUGCACUUUACAUCAAUUUUCCGAUAAACAAAAUCGACCCCCAAUAAGGAGACGCCAACACUUGGGUCCUGUUGCUCCACAGUUAACAGUUACGUUCACAAUAUACGGCCAACCUGGAAUAACUGUAUAUAAGAAUGGGUGCUGGUUUACUUCCCAUAAACCACAGGAUCUGUUCUUAUAUAAAAUUAUCCUCAUGCAAUGUUCAAAUUAAAUCUUUCGUUGAUAUAUUCAAUCAUGUACUGUAGCACUAAACUGAUAAGCAGUAUUGUCUAGCUUUCAGUAAUUGUUCAAUCAAUAUUCUUAAUGGAUACUUUUGUCUAAGUUGCAUAUAUUUUUGGAUUGCAGAAAUUUAAAAUCGGUAACAAAAAAGGUUGUCUACACAAUCAGCUCCUGUGGGAUUCGUACGUCAUCCAUACCUUUGAUAAAUCCAGUGAAAGUGAAAGUACCACCGUGUUAGAACUAACCAACCAACAUUUCCCACCCUGUCGUUUUGUUCGAGUGCGAAACUUCAUCCCAGAGGUGACAGCCUCACCACUUUGAUCUGUUUUCUCUACUAACCCCCGUUAAUCUUAUCUUAACAAAAAUAUUUCUCAACAUACAAAUAUUUCUAUAAGCACAUACAGUUUUUUAGUGUUAACCCGUAUCAAUUACUCUGCUUAAUGUAUUUGUUUAUUUUACUUACGGUUUCAUUUUUGAACACUUCACUCUGAUUUACUUUGUCGCUGUUCUUACUUCAACUUAAGUUCUAUACAUAAGUAUAUUUACAUCAUACAUGUGUACAUAAAUGCAUGUUGGUCAUCAUGAUUUACGUAAUAUUCGACUUCUCUAACUAGUUUCAUCAUACAUUUCAAUCCACUCGCGUUUACUGUAAUGUCUGGCAUUCACAUUUCUUUGUUUAGUUGACUAUUAUGCAUUACAAACUGCAUGAAACGAUAAUUGUAUUCUUUAUUCAAAUGAAUAUCAAAAGUUUAAAAUCUGAAGUAAGGCGUAUUCCUCACUGUGGAUCCGAUUAGUAAGUUAUUAAAUGGAGAGAAAAUCUAGUCUCCCAGUCAUUCUUUCAGCUUGAUAAUAACUCAUUUCGAAAUGGUUGAUCUUGAUUCCCACACGACUGAAGAAAUUUCUCCAUAGGAAUACUCUCAUAUGGCUGUCUAGUGCAUCAAUAUUUACUACAAUCCCACUAGUCAAAAGUUGACUCUUUCAUUAUGUUGACGGAUGACUUGCUUUACCCACUCACUUUUUUUUCUACCUGGUCAAUAACUACCUCUGAAAAAUUACUCUCAAUGUAAAUUUUGUUGUAGCCGUAAUGAAAUUAUUCGUCAUAGUCAGACUCGUUACAUUUGAUGUUUACAUACUAAC